UGCAACUUUUCCCUCUCCGUCCACUCUCCGUCCGUCCGCCAAGUGGUGCUGGCAGCUUCCACGAUGGGACUCGCCCACUGCCACUGGGCCGCGGACGGGCCGCAGGCAAGCAGUCGCAGUGAGGGAGGAGGAGAAGCUGCAGGUCGGGGUGUACUGUACUCAAAUAGCGGCUGGUUCUGAAGGUUGCCCAUCGUAACUCAUUCCAAACUCCCAACGUCGACGAACUUAUCCGCAUCCUCUCCGAUUCCCGCAAAGAUGGAAAGUUCACCCCUCACCGCGACGCUCGACGACCUGUGUCGUGCUUGGGCGGACGUUCACAAGUUUCAGGGCUCGGUCAUCGUAACUCGCCGCGACCCCGCCAACCCUUCUGCGAAAACCGAAAUCCUCCUAGCUCGGGGAUACGGCUUCGCCAAUCGGGAAUUCGACGUCCCCAACACGCCCGAUUGCAAGUACAGAAUCGCUUCUAACUCGAAGCAGUUUACGUGUGUCGUUGCUCUGCGCCUUAUUGAAGACGGACGGUUGGAAAUCGAUGGAACCGUCGACGAGUAUCUGAACAAGAACGAGGAAGACCCAUACUUCCCCAGGGAAGCGGCUGCCAAGAUCACCCUGCAGCACCUCAUGAACCAAUCCACCGGUCUCACCGAUUACGUGAAUCUGGACGAUUACGAAGACACCAAGCACCUACCCACCAAGAACGGGCAGAGGGACAUUAUAGAUCGUAUCAAAAACAUACCGCUUCGAUUCGAGCCAGGUGCCAGCUUCGAGUUCUGCGACUCCAACUUCGUCGUCCUGACCCACAUUUUGGAGACGGUGACCGGGCUGGACAUAUCGGAGCUCAUGGACGUAUUCUGCUUCAAGCCGGCCGGCCUGACAUCGACUUUGUUAGAGGAGGAUUUCGCGUCAGUAAAAGGCCUGGCUACGGGCUACAAUUUCGACCGAAGGAUAGGCCGAUCGUACGGAAAGACUGCGCAAUGGCGCAAAUGCGAAUACGUACUAUCCAUGGACACUGCGCGGGGCGCCGGAGGCCUCGUCUCAACCGUGUGGGACAUGGAGAAAUGGGCAAGAGCGGUCAUCUUCGCCCCAAAAGGCCAGUCACCGGUACUGUCUGAGCAGUCGCGAGACCUCUUGUUUCAGGACCCAAGCCAGCUCCUCGAGUAUGGGCCCGAGGCCUACUACGGCUGCGGUCUGCGCCGUGACUCCAGCCCUUGGGGCCUGUUCAUCAACACCGACGGGGCCACAGAGGGGUUCUACUCUAGCCACCGCGCGUACCUCGACUCUGGCAUCUACUUGAUGAUUCUCGCAAACACCGAGAUGAGCAACAUCAAAACCUUUGCCUGGACAUUGAGUCGCGUGGCGCAUGGCGAAACGCUUCCCGAGGACGGCUUCCCGAAAUCCCUGAAAGGCAUCCCGGCCACGGAAGCCGACCUACAAAAGUUCGCCGGAGUUUACGGUGAAGGAGGCACACUCACACUUGAAGUAGAAGGCACGUCCUUGCUCUACAAAAGGCACCAGAUUCCCGGCACAAACUUCUCGGAACACUCGUCCUUCCAGACGAGGAUGUAUAUGAUCAGGGAGUUGAAGCCGCUGGAUUUGAAAAAGGGGACGUUCUUUGCGGUGGAGAAUAAUUUCGAGUAUCAUUUUACGGUUACGGAUCAGGGCGUGGAAAACGUUUCCUUACGUGUAGGAAAUCGCCCAGUCACUAUAUCAUAGCCUUUAUCUUUAUACCCCGUAUACAGCAUAAACGCCUUGACUUCCUCGUAGAUUCGAACAUUCAGCGUCACGGACAAUAGAUUUUGCAUUCAG